GCGGUACAAGCAGACGACACUUUGCGGCUAAAGAGAGAGGAACAUUUAAACGUUUUUUUUCAAAUCAUUAUUGAUGUUCAAGUGAAUGAUAUUUUGAAUUACAAUAUUGAUUAAAGAACUGAAAUCAUUUUGAGUGAUUGAGUGAGAUUAGAAUUCGUGCUGUUUUACCGGGGAUGUUGCCAUAAACAAUUUUCCGCAGAUCGAUUCAGAUUGGAAAGUUUUGUUGACUGAAGUGGGUGAAUUAAUUUCUAAAUUUUUGUGGACAAAUUUUGAAGAAGAUUCUCAAUUUACAUUUUACUGUAACCUGACUGGGACAGUACUUGUCCAUUAUCUCCUAGCAGAGAACAGAGUACAGUAAGUACAUUGUUAUCAGCGCUAGUGUUGUAAUAGCUACUCUUGAAUUGUUCAUAAACUGCUUCAAACAUUUUAUCUCAAACACGUACCACAUACAGACUGUUGAUAACUGGCCUAAAGCGUGGGUCAUCUUCGAUAUAUAAACAAUUUGUUCUCGAUCAAGUACGCAAAAAUCGGACAACUAAGAUGGCAACCCAAACGUUAUCUCGCAUACCGCCGAUAGCGGGAGAUAAGGCACGGAUGUCGCAACAAGAAGACAGCUUUUCGCCGAGCAAACAGACUCAGUCCCCAGUGUAUAUUCCUCCAAAUGAGUUCAGAAUGAAGCUCCUAAAGAGGAUAUUAUCUGUGGAUGGAACUAUUGACAAUAAGGCAUUGCACAAGCUUCAGAAAUCUUCUAGUGAAAGAACACUACAGGCGAACAUUCUGUUUCAAAACGGUGAUGUCGGGACAUUGAUUUCAUUCGACCGACUUUCGGAUGAUAGCGAAAAGAAAGAUAGUGAAACUAAGGAAGAUUCUGAACAAGGACUUCCAAGUUUGAAACCUGAAGAAACGGAAAAACAAAACCGGCCCAAGGACGGUGUGAAGCGGGAGCGGCCACUGAAAUUGCCGCCAAUAAUGUUACCGCCUGUUUAUACGCUGACACCGCGUCCCCUUAUUUUGCGAGAUUAUUCCGGACCGCCUUUAUUACCGCCUCCGACACGGGAAGAAGACUGGGAAGAUCUAGAGGAUUGUCGCUACUUGCGACCUGCCAAAAAACAAUUUAAAACAACAAACGACGGUAAAAGUUUUUUACUUUCGAACGGCGGAAGCGGAUAGAAUGAGGCAUUUGAUAAAUUAUGCUGGAUUAAAUUUAGGUUCCUAAAGGCCCUUAUACAAUGACGGCUAUAAUGCAAAGACAUUAGACAGGGGCUGCUUGCAUGUGUCAACUAAUGCAAAGUUGGUGCUAUCAUAUAGAACAUUGACAUUUACCUACAGCUCGAAUGUUGAUACACGUAUGUCCACAUGACAUUUGCCGAAUAAUGAAAAAAAGAUGUUUGUAAUCUCGGUGCUUCCAUUCAUAACUGUUACGUUUUAUAUUGCUGACAUUUGUGUACACAGAAAGUAUGUAUGUCUGACUCUUAGAAAAUAUACGUUUCAUAUUAUUUUAAGGUUCUGUACCGUAUGUACAUAUAGAGUGUAACAGUGUCUUGACAGUAGCAUUAACCUGUGAUAAGAAAUGUUAAUUUAUUAUGUUUUAGAUUUUUUAGUGAUUGUAUGAAAAGGCAAGUUUGAUUUCUGUCAUCUUAGUUUACUUUUUAUGAUAAAUCUAUGAACUUAAUAGAUUUUUUUAAUGAGCUUUGCCUUACUUUAAAAAUUGUAUAGGAAUUUUUAAGUACUGAAGUGCAAUUAAAUGUAAUUCAUGUCAUACCAUUAAUAUAUCUUCUCAAUUUCAUUUAAAUCGACCAUUAUACAUACAGACGUAUGGUUAUACUUUGAAAAGAGACUUCAUUAUUCAAACUAAUUAAAAAAUAUUGGAAAAAAUGUCAAAAUGACUCCAUACCGUUUCAACGAGUAUCAUUCCGGUGUCACUUUCUUCUGUAGAAAACCAAAUUACUACUUUCUUUAAUAACAGAAAGAAAGGGUUCUUCCAAAUCAAAUACUGCCUUGUUGAUAUGAAUUAUUGCAGAGGAAAACUAGAGCAAACAAAAAUAAAAAUAAAAAAGAAUGCAGUCCAAUUUUCAAUUGUUUACAAUUUAAACAUGGUGACACCAUUCCUUGUAAGAUACAUUUGAUCGGUUUCUUUCAGUUUUUUUUUAACUGAAAAUGAUUCUUUUUUCUAAAUCAUGCUGUCUGAAAAGAGCAGAGUAGUUAAGAAAGUAAUAUUCAAUAUCAAUGAUACCUAAAAACGUCUUUUUACGACUAUGUCAAAUUAAUUAAUUUUGUAUCAAUCAUAUUGCAUGAUAUGUCAUCAUAUACAUUAAGAUCGUUUUCUACCAUUGAAUGGAAUUCUCAUAAUACAUUCAUUUCCAUUUGUAUUUAUUUAUAUUUUAUGAUAAUAUUUCGUUAAAGAAAUAAAUAAAAAAAGAAA